AUGCUACGGUCUUAUAAUUUGCUUCUUAGUUUACUGUAUGAUGACAGUUUAAAUAUCAUCUUCCCGUUAAUUACGUAUAUGUCAACAAAGAAAACACAUCGAGCACUGUACGUCCCACCAGCCUUGAGAGCCAAUAAUAAUAGUAUAAACAGUCAUCUUACAAGUCCUAAAGAAAUUGACCAACAGUCUUCUUCCGAAUCUCCAGGAGCAUAUGCUUCUACAAAUAAACAAGUCACCGACUUAGAACAAGGCUUCAAAUCUCUCCUACUUUCUGACAGUUGUGCCAGUACAGAUGACAGUUCGUUCAAAAAGCAUUUUUCCCGUCAUAAGUCUUCAUCAAAUGACGGACAGUCUUCUGAUCAAACUGGUGAACCAACACUAAAGUUAAAAGAUUUUCAACACAUUCUGGAAUUGUAUAAUUUCCCAAAAGAUUUUAAAGAUUUUCACUUGGAAGCUGAACUUACAGGAUUUGAAGACAGUGGAUUUUACUUGAAGUGGGUUGACGAUGCACAUUGUUUGGCUGUGUUUUCAUCUAAUAAUGAGGCAAACCGUGCAUUAGCUCAAAUAUCAGGACUUCUCAUGAAGGCUCGAAGAAUCGAAGAUGCUUCUUUGGCUAGCAAGUGGAAAAUUGCUCGUUCACCUGGUGAUUGGGCUAUGCCAUACAAAAAGCGUCCACUUACGACUAGCUCAACAGCUCGGAGGCUGAUUUCAAAUCACCUGGGUAUUGCUUGUGUCAAAACCAAAUCUGUCGAGGAGGCUACUAGAGAAGAUCAAGAUAAAGCCCUUUUACGAGAAGCACGUGCUCGUGCAGAAGCAAUUCGUCAGGCUCAGAAAGCUAUAUGGGAGGGGGAUUAA